AAAACAGAAGACAUGUUCAUAAUAACUCAUUAUUUGUCUCAGCUAAGGUGGAAGUAGUGUACUGAUUUGUUACGUUGUUGUUGUUGUUGUUGUUUCACUGUUCUUCUUUCGUCGUCCUCUUCUUCCAUUAGAUUUGGGGUAACCUAAUCAAUCACUCAACAGUAAUCUCAGACAACAUAUAUAUAUACUAUGAUAUUUUUAUAAUAUAUUAUAUAAAGCAUCAAGCUUUUGCUCGCAUGUGGCUUAACUCGAUCUGGGAAAGUGGCAAUUUCCGUAAAUUUAUCCAUUGGCAGUUGCUUUCUUUAUAGAGUGUUUUUGUUUUUAAUCGGUUAUAUAUUAUUAUAUAUUGCCAAAGAAAAAACCGGCCAUCGGUGGCCUGAACCAGAACAUAUUCAUUAGCGUCAUCAUCAAGUUCGCAACUUGACCUCAUAUACUCUCUUCUUCAUUAAAAAAAGAGAAGAAAAAAAGAACCCAUUUAAGGGUAUACUAUCACGAGAAAGUAGACAACAACAUAUUCCCAGAAGCCAAACAGAGGAAUUGGAGAGAAAAGUUUUUAUUUUUGGUGUUUUUGAUGGGUCAGUUACAGGAGAAGUUGAGAGGUUUUGUGAACAACAGAUGGCUCGUUUUUGUGGCCGCAAUGUGGUUGCAGUCCACGGCUGGGAUUGGAUAUUUGUUCGGCAGCAUAUCUCCGGUCAUAAAAAGCUCUUUGAAUUAUAAUCAAAGACAGCUAGCGAGGCUCGGUGUGGCUAAAGAUCUUGGAGAUUGUGUUGGGUUCUUUGCUGGAAGCUUGAGCGAGAUUUUGCCCAUGUGGGCUGCUCUGCUGGUCGGGGCUCUCAAGAAUUUUUUUGGGUACGGUUGGGUUUGGCUGAUUGUUACUGGAAGAGCUCCCGUUUUGCCUUUGUGGGCUAUCUGCGUUCUUAUAUUCGUGGGGACAAAUGGUGAGACCUACUUCAAUACAGCCUCUCUGGUUUCCUGUGUUCAAAACUUUCCAAAAAGUAGGGGUCCUGUGGUCGGUAUUUUGAAGGGCUUUGCAGGCUUAAGUGGUGCGAUUUUGACACAGAUAUACACAAUGAUCCACUCACCAGACAAAGCAUCUAUUGUUUUCAUGGUUGCGGUUGCUCCAACCAUGGUGACUAUUGCUUUAAUGUUUAUUGUUAGACCUGUUGGAGGUCAUAAACAGGUCCGAUCAUCGGAUGGCAUGAGCUUCACAUUAAUCUACAGUGUGUGCAUACUAUUGGCUGCUUAUUUGUUGGGGGUCAUGCUCGUUCAAGAUUUAGUUGAAGUGAGCCAUGAUGUGAUCGUAAUCUUUACAGUGAUCUUGUUCAUCAUUCUCCUAGCUCCUAUUGUCAUUCCUGUGUGGUUGAGUUUCUCUCCAGAAUCAGGAGUUCCGGAAGAAGAGGCAUUCCUAGCUCAGCCUAAGAAAGAGGAAAUUGAGUCAGGUGCCUGUAGUGAUAGUGAGGUGAUAUUGAGUGAACUUGAAGAUGAGAAGCCUAAGGAAGUGGACUUGCUUCCUAGAUCAGAAAGGAAAAAACGAAUAGCCCAAUUGCAAACAAAAUUACUCCAAGCAGCUGCUGAAGGAGCGGUGAGGACCAAGAGGAGGAGAGGUCCACACAGGGGGGAAAACUUUACCUUGAUGCAAGCUCUGAUCAAAGCAGACUUUUGGCUUAUUUUUGUGUCACUUAUGUUAGGUUCUGGAACCGGUUUGACAGUGAUCGACAACUUGGGUCAGUUGAGCCAGUCUCUUAGAUAUGAUAAUACACAUAUUUUUGUUUCCAUGAUCAGUAUUUGGAACUUUUUAGGCCGUGUUGCGGGUGGUUACUUCUCUGAAAUUGUAGUGAGGGAUUAUGCUUAUCCAAGACCAAUCGUAAUGGCUAUUGCUCAAUUUGCUAUGGCAUUUGGCCAUCUCUAUGUUGCUUUUGCAUUGCCUGGGGCGCUUUAUGUUGGAACUGUCGUGAUUGGCACUGGUUAUGGUUUUCACUGGGCAAUUGUACCAGCUACUGCCUCUGAAUUGUUUGGCUUGAAAAGCUUUGGAGCGUUGUACAAUUUUCUCACAAUGGCAAACCCUGCUGGAUGUCUAAUCUUCUCUAGCCUAAUUGCUGGCCCUCUAUAUGACCGUGAAGCAGAGAAGCAAGCUCAAGGACGCCACCUCCAGCCGCAGUUUGCAGGAUCAAUCUUCUCAGGCAUGCUUGGACCGAACGAUCCACCAGCGUGUGAAGGUUCCAUAUGUUUCUUCACAACUUUGGUAAUAAUGUCUGGCUUCUGCAUUCUUGGGGUUGUCUUAAGCUUGAUUCUUGUGUAUAGAACUAAGGCAGUAUACACCCACCUCUAUGGGAAGUCCCGUUCAGCGCCAGUUUCAUAAUCAGUGUAUUUUUUCAUAAUUAUUUGUCUGCGAUUUGUCUAGAGUAUGUUUCAAUGUGUUUGUUAAGACUAUAUCAGAAAAAUGAUGUUCAGGGGAGAUAUAGUUUUAAAAAGUUUUCCUCUAGAAUGGGAGCCAAAAACCAAUAUAGUUUUUGCACUUUUGUCUAUUUUGUUCAGUGAUUUUUUUUUUGUAUUCUUUCCAGUUCAAAUUUGGGCUCUCAAGCUCAUAUGAUAGCUGUAUCCACUAUAUAUUUAAUGAGUGAAUAAAAAGAUUGAUAUUUUCAUUGUUUUUCU